AUGGAGGGCCUCUCGGCAUCUGCUGGGCGCAGCAGAUGCCGUUCAUCUUGGGGGUUCAGCGGUUGCGUCGAUCGCACCGACGGUGUUUAUAUGAUGUGCCCUAAUGACUGUCUUCCUGAGGAGGAGGCAACCGGUGCUGCAGCUGCUGCCGGCGGUGGUGGUGGUGGUACUGCUGCUGGUGGUGCUCGGGGGCACCCCUCUUCUGGGGUGUCUGUUCACCGGGAGAGAAGGGAGGUAUUGGAGAAGGUCAGCAGCUGCUCUACUUGUUGCAAUGCCUCUUCAUUUGUAGCAGGGGGAAGCGUAGACUGCGUGUAUUUAGCGGAUGGCUCUUCUUCUUCUUUAGCUGUUCAUUCGUUAGGUGGCGGCGGUUCUGCAUUUCCCUUUGAGUCUCUGUACGGUUGGCUGCUUCCUGUGUUGGUGCUGCUGUCUGUGUUGCUGCUGUACUGUGUGGGGGCCCCUUUGCUGCUGCCUGCACGCGAGAAGGCUUUAGAUUAUGGAGUCGUGAUUGAUUCAGGCUCUCAUGGUUCUCGUGUUAACAUCUUUAGCUGGGAGCAGCGACAGUACGACCCCCACAACCCCCUUACAGGCCCUGUGUCUCUGCCUCAGUUAGUUAGCGUUCGUAUAUACUCCCCAGGGAUAGCUGCAGCUUUUGAAGAAGCCGAGAAAGGUCGGGCGCAGCUGCAGCAGAUGGUGCAGGAUGCGGUGGCUUCAUUGAAGGCAGCAGGUGUACAUACACCGCAACUAGGGAAUAUUCCUAUAUAUUUGAAGGCAACUGCAGGCAUGCGAGCUCUAGCUCAAAGUAGAAGAGAUAAAAUAAUGCAGCAAGUGCGGCAGCUGCUGCACAAUCAAACCCUAAACCCUUUUCAUUUUAAGGGAGACUUUGCUAGAGUUAUAUCGGGAGAAGAAGAGGCCCUCUUCGGUUGGAUAGCGGUGAAUGCAGAGCGCAAUACCUUAGGGGCCCCCCCCUCAGAGACAUUGGGGGCCCUUGAUAUGGGCGGCAGCAGCAGCCAAAUAGCCUUCUCACCCUUCUUUACUUCUGUCUUAGAAGACUUUAAUUCUAUUCAACUUGGGAAUACUGCUAUUCGUCUUUACUCUCAUUCUUUCUUGGGGUAUGGCUGGGCAGAUGCUCUUCAAAGAACAAACGUUAAACUAGCAGCAGAAGCUAUCUUACACAACAAAAAAAAUAUGCAUACACUUCCUGCUGCUGCUGCUGCUGCUGCUGCACUUACUACACCUGCAGCAGCAGCAGAAGCAGCAGAAGCAGCAGCAGCAGAGGCUGGAGGUGGUGAAACUGCUAGCGGUGGUGGUGGGAUUGUUAAGGAGGGACGGCUGUCUCCUUUUGCUUCUGUUUUCAUGCGGCGUCUCAAAGGAGAUUGGGGGCCCCUGGGGGCCCCCCUGGUGCUGCAUGCAGAUCAUCCAUGCUUCCCUGUAGGAGAAAGUUUUUCGUUUGUGUUGCCGCCUAUAGAUCAAGAGGGUUUGAGGCUGUACGUAGAUUUACCUUCAGAGACGCUGCAUGCUGCUCUUCUCUUAAUGAAAGUAGAUAGAGAUACAGCAGCACAAACUGCAGCAGCAGCAGCAGCAAAUGGUAUCGAGGCUAGACAUCAGCUUCAAGACAGCGAAGGAGAAGACGAAUUAAAUGAGAAUGAAGACCGGCAAAGCAACCAAACUCAAACGCAUUCAGGCGGCCCUCAAGGGGGGCCCCCAGCUGCCUCUGCUGCUUCAUAUAAAACCCUUUCUGCUGCAACAGGAGACAAGCAGCAGCUUGAGAUGGGCUCUUCUUUAAUUCUCCCUGCUUCAUUAACCGCUGCUCCUUCAAUGGAGUUUUUGGCCUUCGGGCAGCUGGCGAAGGUGUGGGUUGCCUUAGGCCUCCCCUCUUCUCCUUCUUUGUCUGCUUGGAGAGAAAAAACAAAAGAAAUCUGCAGCUUAGACUCAAAGGGCCUUGAGCUGUACAGACAGCAGAACAACAUUACUUCCUACUCGCCUUCUUCAAUGAAGAAGUUGUGCUGGAAGGCGACUUGGAGCUUUGCUCUUUUAUCUCGGGGCUUUGGGUUUCCUCUCGACUCUCAGCAAAUAUCUUUUGCUGUUCCUGCUGCUGCUGCUCCUGCUGCUGCUGCUGAUGCUGCUGAUGCUGCUGAUGCUGCUGCUGGGGGCUUCCCUAACGAGCCACCAGUGGAGGCGGGUUGGGCUUUGGGCUCGAUGAUCUUCGACGUAAACCACUACCCUUGGGGAGUCCCAGAACGAGAGGAUUUCCGUUUUGCGGUUGUUGCUGCUCUGGCUUUGGGGUCUACAUCUCUUGCUGCUUUUCUCUCUUAUCUUCUUUACACAAUGAAAGAACGCCUAAAGCAAAUGCAAGACCUCCCCCACCUCUCAACCUCCUUCAUCUAG